UUCUCGAAAUUAUCACAAGACAUUUACGUCAAUUUACGUUCGAUCUGACAGACCGGACUGUCGCACUGUCGCGUCUAACUGGCUCCGAGAGCAUUUUUGCCGAAGAGGUGAGUCGCGUUGAGAUAUCGUACGUUUUUAAUUAAAAUACCGAUGUGUAUCGCCUAAAGGGUGCUCAAUAAUCAUGCCGAUCAAGAAUGUCUUUCGCUCAGGAAUGAGAAAACUCGUCAAACGCACCAAGAUGAGUAUACCUGCAGUUAAAAAAAGUAAAGAAGAUGCGAACAAAGAAGCUUACAGUAUAGAUGCCUCAAAGGAAGCGAGAUCUAUGUUAGAGAAGAUCAUGGGUGAUGUGAGCAAGUCAUCAGCGACUAAACAGAUUCUCAUUGGUACCACAUCGGGAUGGGUAACUGGAUUUGUCACCAUGAAGGUUGAGAAGAUAGCAGCCUGUGCAGUUGGUGGUGGGAUUAUCAUGUUGCAAAUAGCCGCACACCAGGGUUAUAUUAAGAUUAAUUGGGACAAGAUUACGAGAAAAGCUGAAAAAAUAACGGAUAAGAUGGAAGAAAAGAUAACCGGCGAGGGACCAAAAUUCAUGGAUAAGGUAGGGAAACUAUGGAAGAAGAACUCAUUCAUUGCAACAAGUUUUCUCGGUGGUUUCAUUAUCGGUCUAUCUUGGUGAAGUAAAGAACAAUAACUUUGAAGUUUUGUGCAAAAAUGUCGAAAGAUACGUCGAUAGAAAGCUGGACAAAGCCGAGCAAUUGCUGAAACAAGGAGAGAAACGUACGCGGCGUUGGUACCACGCUUUCAUAGGCGAGGACGAUAUCUUCCAACCAAAGGAGAUCCACUUCUUUCUAGUUUCGUUCGUGGCGGGAGUCGCGCUUGGUAUCGCUACGGCUAACUAGGUAGUAAAUUGCUGCACUCUGAAUGCUACCAAGAGAAAGAUUGAUAUUUCUGUCGCACCAAAAGACAGCCACUCCAUCAUUGUCGAUCACGACGACAUCGUCGACGAGUACAAUAACACUAUCAUGAACGAGGUGAGAAACAAAAUCAAUGAACUGAAGAAAUGGGUGGCGCGAACUACGCUUAAUCCUAGAUAAGUAGAUUUAUUUUUUAGUCUGUCAGUUGACACUAGCGAUGAGUAAAACUCGCUCGUGUACAAUAGAAUUGCUUCUAAUUUUACGCACAACUGUGUUUAAGAUUUUUGUAUAGAUGGAAAAUGUAUUACAAAAUACAGAUCUUCAUCUGUGAACAAAAUUAAUAAGUAUAAAUAGAGUGAAUUUUACUCAUUGCUUUCAAUAAUCUCUUUCUAGAAUGAAUACAUCAAACAAAUGAAAGUCACUAAUAUUUUUUUCACUGAAAUUAUAUAAAAAGAAUUACUUAUUUGAAAUUUGAUAGACAUUGCUAAUUAUUUACUUCAUAUGUUCUAUUUUGUGAAUUCGCAAAAAUGGGGAUAUUUCUUAUAAACCAAAAUUUUGAAAUCUUGAUCAAUUUUACUGUUUCCAUUUGCACACAAGACAUGUGCGAAUACAGAAGUAUAGAUGAUGUGUGUGUAUAAAACAAUAAAGAGAUUUCUUGUUCGUUCAGAAUGCAGCAAGAAAUUAGUCAUCUUAGGAGAUAUAAACCUAUUGUUAGUAUUAUAUUAUAUACUAUACCUGUCUUAUUAUUGUAAAGAAUCGCGACUCUUUCUUUUCCUGUUAUUUAUACACUUAAUCGAUCUACAUUUCCAUCGCGUUGUUUAUAUAUACUCUUUCUUAUACAAAUAUCUUAGUACAUAUGUACCACAUCUCAAAUAAAAAUUAUUUAACGAU